GGCGGUGGCGGACGCGGUGUUGUCGGUUCCGUGUCUCGGUGACUGGACGUCCCCGCGUUAGCGCGGCGGGCCGUGUGAGGGGAGGUUUUAAAACUACUACUGGAAAUCUGCACUUUGGGCUAUUGUGAAAGCUAAAGAAAUGGUCUACAAGCAUAUAUAAGGAUUUGAAGAUUUUAAUUGUUGACAUAUUUUUGGCAUAUAUCACAUACAUAUAUAUCAUUUUUCUCUCUGUUUGGAUCUGAGAAACAUCAUGAGCACAACUCAAAGAAAGCGCCGAGGUGGAACAACAAAUUCUAGACAGCCUCAAAAACGAGAACGAUUAGUAGGUCCAACAACUGAGAUGACUUCAGAAGCUGAGCCAAUAGAACUUGUAGAAAGUGCUGGAGAAGAGGUGGUGGACCUCACCUGUGAAUCUACUGAACCGGUGGUAGUGGAUCUAACUCACAAUGAUUCUGUGGUGUUUGUUGAAGAAAAUCGAAGGCAAAGAAGAAACCCAAGGAUAAGUCGAGGACAGCCUGACAGCUGUGUUUUGAGUAGCGAUGAUGAAGAAACAAGAGACAAUGAUGUGUAUGUGACAGAAAAUCCACCCAGAGAAUCAGUUGUUCUGGAAGAAGAAACAUCAAGCAUAAGGCCUUCUGGUACUGUUAGUUGUCCAAUUUGCAUGGAUGGAUACUCAGAGAUUUUGCAAAGUGGACGACUUAUAGUCUCUACAAAAUGUGGUCACGUCUUCUGUAGCCAAUGCCUCCGUGAUGCCCUUAGAAAUGCUAGCUCCUGCCCAACUUGCCGGAAAAAGCUGAACCAGAAACAGUAUCAUCCAAUAUAUAUAUGAUAUGUACUAUAUUUCUCAGGACAGUCUUACGUGGAUUGCUGUGAAAAUGUCCUGAGGUUGUCAACAAUACCUGACAGUAAGGAGAACUGAUUUUAAAAACGAUUACCUGGGGUGUUUGUAAACAGAGUUUAUGGUCCAAACUUAAAUGUCAUAAACCUAGGUUUUUUUUUUUUUGUUUUCUCACAUUUGAUAAGGUUGGGCUGAAUUUCUGAGGGUCUGUAAAGGUUAGCUGAGCCACAUGUCUUCUCUCAAGAAAGUCCCUGUGUUGUGACACAGCUUUUCGGGACCAUUAGAGUAUGUGAGCUCUUGGGUUUCACAGUCAUCUUAAUCAAGUAAUUGAAUCUAAUAAUCCUAAAAGAAUAAAAGGUAAGACAUUGGCAUAGUUAAGUGGCCUCUUCCCACUUGUAAGGUGCAUAGGUGGGAAGGGUGGUUGAGUCCUGUUCCCAGCAGGCCCAUCUGUUUCACAUGGCUUGGUGUAAAAAGCCUGUUUUUAUUCACAGCCUAGUAGAAUGAAGGACAUGAUGACAGGCCCUAGGCCUUCCCCAGGGAAAAAGAAUACAGUGAUGUAUUGAAGAAAUUGCAGAACUGCCAAAAAUAAAGCUCCCCAGGUCUGGGUCUUCUCUACUGGUACACUUAAAUAUAGAACAAUGGCUCUAGGUGUCUCUGGAACCUGGAAGCAAAUUCAUUGGAGGCUUUUUAUUUUUAUUAUUAAUUAUUAUGAAAAAAUUCUUAUUGGCAAGGCCCAGAUUUUCCAAGCUUCAUUUGAUCAUUCAUUAGCCACUUGUUUCUACUUCAGAGACUCAUAUCAUACUCUUAUUUUAAUUGGUGUCCAUUGUCUACCUUUCAUCUUUCCCUCCUUUUACCUAAUUGAGUAAUCAGCAGCUGAUGAGCAUAGAGCUGUUUCAUAAAGCUGAAUGCCAAAUUAUAGAACUCAUUCUUCAUAUCACACCACAUCAGCUAUGUUUCCAUUUAGCCAUCUAAGCCGUUUAUCAUUAUUAGAGGUCUUUGUGUCAGACCUUUAUAGAAACUUAUGCCACUUAGCAUUUUAAGUUAGUGGCAUCUAAAAGAGUGCGUGAUUCAGUAUCUGACUAGUGAUAUGUUAUAAAUUUUUUUUGCACAUAGAAAUUAAACCAUAUCCUAAGUGAGAUAGCUGACUAGGUUCCCUCCUUCUUAAAGAUUCAACUUUGUAAUAAAGCUUGUUGCUUUUGAAAUUCUAAUUGAAUUGGGGCAGAAGUUUGUUCAGACUUUCACAUUCCUCGGAAAGGAUAUUGACAGUGGCAAGAAAGCCCCUUUCUGCCACAUGUCUAUCUGCUGUUCAUAUUCUCAGGAAUGUUGCUAAUGCCAUAGUGUUAUAAACUUGCUCCAAAGGUACAAAUAUGGGGCACAAAAAAAGGCUUAAUUUUUGUAUUGUAAUAAAAACCAUUUUAUGUUA